CCCUGCUCACGUCCCGGAAGCUUGUUUCCGGGACUGGCAUCCUCUGCCCUGCUCUGCUCGGCCGAGACCCUGCAUGGCCAUGGCGGUGCGGUGGCGGCCAGUGCGCGUGCUGGUGGACAUGGACGGCGUGCUGGCUGACUUCGAGUCUGGCCUCCUGCAGGGCUUCCGCCGCCGCUUCCCCGGGGACCCGCACGUGCCUCUGGAGCAGCGCCGAGGUUUCCUCGCCAGCGAGCAGUACCGAGCCCUGCGGCCGGACCUAGCGGAGAAACUGGCCAGUGUGUAUGAAGCUCCAGGCUUUUUCCUAAACCUGGAGCCCGUCCCUGGGGCUGUGGACGCUUUGCGAGAGAUGAACGACUUGCAAGACACCGAGGUCUUCAUCUGCACCAGCCCACUGCGGAAGUACGACCACUGUGUGGGAGAGAAGUAUCGCUGGGUAGAGCAGAACCUGGGGCCUGAGUUUGUGGAGCGGAUUAUCCUGACUAGGGACAAGACAGUAGUCCUGGGGGACCUGCUCAUUGAUGACAAAGACACCAUUCAAGGCCUGGAGGAGACCCCAAGCUGGGAGCACAUCUUGUUCACCUGCUGCCACAAUCGGCACCUGGUCCUGCCCCCCACCAGGAGACGGCUGCUUUCCUGGAGCGACAACUGGAGGGGCAUCCUAGACAGCAAGCGAGCUGGCCUGUGAAGGACCCUGACGUGUGUAAACAGGAACCUCUCCACACACGGAACCACUGUAACCUCCACUUGAACAAACUGCCAUCUGGCCCUUGUCAAGAUGGCUGCACCCAGGAGGAGCAGGGCUGGCACAGAAAUACAACGGGAAAACCAGGAGAUUUUUUAACAAAAAUAAAAACCAAAAGCAAAGCUUUGGUUCUUUGAAGACCCUUC